AUGUUACCCUUUGUCACUUCCCUGAUAUUUGAACUCGUUCCGAAGUAUGGUAUAACAGGUUACUGGAGGUUGUACGGCUAUGUUCAAGUGCCUAAAUGUCUUCCUAGAAGGAAACUGGAUCGGUUCUCACCUCACCUGUCGCUCUGUACUACACGAGCCGCGAGCGAGGUGAAAGAGUAUAUGACUGCAUGUCCACGGAAUAGAGCUGCCAGACGGUGCGAGCCGCCGAGCCGAUACAAGUGGAAUAUUGUUAAUGUGAGAGCAGAGGGGGUGGUGGGGGCGGCGCGGCGUGUGCUCGGGCUCGAGCCGGCGCGGCGUGGCUCGAGCUCGAGCACACGCGGCGAGGCGCCGCCGGGGACGGGCGGUCGAGCGGUGAACGGCGAGAGCGCGCGAUCUCCUUAUUCCGUGCGUGGUGUUGAUAGUUUUCAUUUUUGUAAAAAGUCUAUCGUGAGAGAACAUGAAAUGAGGUAA